UUUCUUCAUAGUCAGCCUCCCUUCAAUCGCCAUAUUGGGUAGCUUACAGAAAAGGCUUGUCUUUUUUUUUCUUGUCUUUUACUACAAGACGAAUUUGACAGGAGUGGCUUUUGCAAUUACACUUUGUUUUUCAUGAUCCUCCGAGUGUGCAUUUGCUCGCAUUGGGGCUUUUAAUUUAUGUUAUCGUUUUUACUUCCAGUAAUUGCAGAUUCCUUUGCAUUUGUGAUAGUAUUUUUACGUGUGUUUUGAUCGAUUUGGGGGGAAGAGAGAAAACAAGCCCCAACAGGUAUUUUUUUUUAAAGGAGAACAAUGUCAAACGUGCGUAUUUCAAAUGGUAGCCCGACUUUGGAAAGAAUGGAUGCAAGGCAGUCAGAUCAUCCUAAACCUUCGGCUUGCAGGACCCUUUUUGGCACGGUGGAUCACGAAGAGUUAAAGAGCGAUUUAAAGGGACAUUUGCAGGCGCUCGAAGGGGCAUCGUGCGCGAGAUGGAAUUUCGACUUCGCAAAUCACAAGCCAAUGAAGCCGGGGAGGUACGAAUGGGAAAUUGUGGAUGAUAAAGAAGUGCCUGGUUUUUACACCAGAAUCCAUCCCUCCUCUAAGAGGAUGUGUUCUUCUACGACUACUUCUGAGAAAGCAUAUUUGGAUUUUAACGGGAAUCAUAAUGGUGUUAUGAGUCCAUGUCAGCGAAUCAUAGUAGGAGCUAGACUUUCGGAAGAGCAGAAACCCGAAAAGCAGGAAAGUGAGAUGGACUGUAAAGACCAUGCCACUGGGCAAAGGAAAAGACCGGCCAGUACUAACGAAUCGACCGCACAGAGUAAAAGAGCCAAUUCUGGCACCACAGACGAGGUCUCAGGAUCCAAGUGCCCAAAUGUAAGCUCUGUCGAGCAAACGCCCAGGAAAUCUAGCCCACGACAAAGUACGUAAACAGAGCUGAAGAUUUGAAUUCCUUGUUCAUGGAAUAGGACAGUGCUGGGUGAAGCCAUGGGGGAAUGCAGUUAAGGAAGAUACAUAUCGUUGCUCUCCCAGUAACCGUGUUACUGUACAAGCACUGAAUGAAACAACACUAAAUUCUGGCACUCCAAAAAUAAAAAUAAAAUUUUAAAAAUUAAAAAAAAAAAAAAACUGCCUCUAAAGCGGUGUAUGUAGCAGCGUGCAAUUAGGUUUUUCCUUAUUUGCUGUUUUGUUUUCUUACUACCUUUUUUCUGAUUAUAUGUAGCACAUAAAAAAAAAAACUUUUUUUUUAUAUAUUUUUUUCUGAUACAAAGUAUGAGUGUAUGGUUUUGGACUUUACAAGUUGCAGUGUAGAUUUUUUAAAAUGUAUUUUAUAUUGCUGUUUUAUACGGUGUUGCAAUGACCUUUUCUGAUAAACAACUUGUUCUGAAGAAUAAACAUAACCAGAAAUUAUAAUGUAGAUGUACAAAAAAAAAAUGUGCCUGGUGAAAUUUAAAAUAUAAAGUGCUCUAUGCAACAAUGAUACAAUGCACAGUCUAUGUUGGUCUUGCUUAAAAUGAUUCCAGGCAAAACCUAUAUACUUGCACAUGUUACAUUAAUUUAUAUGAUUGUUGUAUUAUAUAUAUUUUUAUUUAAAUUUUUCUGUUAUAAAAAAAAAAUUAAAACUAGACUGCAUUGUUGCUACACAGAGCAUUGAGUCAAAUUGCACAAAAAUAUCCCCGCAGUUUGGUCUGAAUUGUUGAUUAAAAAAAGCAUAAUGGAACUGUCAAUAUUUGGAUUGGUCAUUUAAAAUUCCCGGUUUGCCUUGCAUACUCCUAUCCACCGGUUUCACAGACCCCAGUGGCACUAAUCCUGGAUUUAUUGAAGGUAGCAUUAUAUAGUUCAUAAUUAAUGCUAAACGGGGUCUGUGAAUCAGGCAGUAUGAGAAAUAGCCACCAACAAUUGUUUCUUUUAUAUGACCUUAAAGUGUUAUAAUGUUACACGGUAAGUUAGCAAACCACUGUGUGCAAUACACUGCAACACAAUCUGUAAAAUACUGUUUUUUUGUGAUGGGCUUUUUAUUUAAUCAGUAAAAUAUAUAUAUAUAGUACAGCACUCCAUUUAAUUAAAAAGCUAUUAAAAAAAUAUAAGUAAACACAUUAGAUCUAAUUUGUAGUCUUAAAUUGGAAUAUGCAUUUUACAGAGCAAAGAAACAUGAAGCAUGCCCCCAUCCUGACUUACCUACUGAUUACUGAAGGUUGGACCACAUGAACAAACAUACAAAUAUCAGCCUCUUAAUUGUGAAAGUGUGCUCAAGUGUAUCCAUGUUCGCUGUAAAGCACCUAAGCAAUUGAAAUACAGUAAACUGUUCAAAUGAAGUCUUUCCAAUCCAUUUCGCCUGGAAAGAUCCACGUGACCCUUUUUUUAUUUUCUACUUGUAGCAGUUAUUGUAUUUGUGGAUAUGGCACUGUAUUGAUUCUGAAAAGGCAUCCCACAUCUUAUAAAACCUCAAGCUACAUUGCCUGUGUAUUUGUAUGUAUAAAAGUUUGAAGUGUACUUGUGUACAUAACUUUGUAAAAACACUGAGAAAUUAUACUAACUUAUUUAUGUUAAGAUUUUUAUUAUUAUUGUUAUUUAGAAAACAGUUUGUUUUUGUUUAGCCAAAAUGGCAUUUCUUGUGCGUUUGUAAAUGCCUUUUUUAUUUUGUAGGAUUAGCAGUUGCUUAAGAAUGUUGCAGUCUGAGCCAGAUAGUUUUUUUUUGUUUUUUUUGUAAUGUGUGUUUAAAAAAAUGAUAUUCAACAAUCAAUAAAGACAACAACUGCCA